AUGGGUCUCAGGCAAUUCAAUCUUGACCUAAGGGUCGCGAUAGAAGCUCUUGAUAGCUUCCCUAAUGUAUCAAAUCUACGCAAGGGCGACUCCGAUGGAGAGAUCGCUUUCACUUAUACUCACGAAGCAGAAAACGAAGCCGAAUUACCCCCAAUCGAUGUUCAGGCCCUAUCAAGAGAUGCGGACUCGUAUCCAAACCACCCAGGCUUUAUGGUCUUCACUUCCUCGGAAACACCCACAGACCUAGAGAAGUGGCUGGAAGAGACCUCCAGCUUGACUGAUGGCAAGAGUAUCGCGGAUGCCGUCACAUUGAUUUCCAGCAUGUUAUCGACAAAGCUGAGCCCUUCAGAUCAGUCAACUUCACAGACGCCGACCUAUUAUGGCGAAGAAUCGGAUGUUGAUCUACUCUCCGAUGACGAAGACUCCUUCUUCGAAGCCGAGUUCGAUGAGAUAGAUCUUGACCCGUUACUACCUGGCGGAUCUGUCCUGGAGAACACCACUGCAACCGAUGAUCCAGACUCAAUGGCACGUCUGAAGCGUCACUUACGAGAAGCCAAACAAGAGGGUUUCUGCAUCUCCAUCCCGCCUGAAGAAAUACGACGAUCGUCUUUCGGCUUCUUCUCGCUCUCUAUUCGAGUAUGCAAACUUGGGAUUUCCGAAGAAGCCUUGGAAGCUUGGGGCCUUGAGCCUACCGAAUACAUCGUCAUGCUUUGCAAGCUACCAUCAACUUAUCCUCAUGUAUUGGAUUUCCAGCGUCUUCCUCCCGACCAAACCCGAAUGCACUUCAGAUUCGGUAAAUGCAGUAGUCCGCGGCCAAGUUACAAGUCCAUGAGGCAGAUGCUGGCAGGAGUGGACGAUCCAGCAAUGCAAACAAACAGAGACGAAGAGAGCACGGGUUCCUUCAUUCCGCUUUAUAUGUCGUUGUCACUUGACGCACUUCUUAACCGUUUAUUUCCAACCCUUUUACGGCUGCGACGAUCGGAAGGGAUAUCAUGGGAUGAAGCACGGGAACUGGAAUACAACUUGAGCCUAGGUCGCCAUUUUAGAGACAUUUCAAAUCACGCUCAAGAUAUGGAUGUCUGUCAGGACCGAGACUCGUCUGACGAUUGGUUUGAGCUUGAGUUCCUUCGGCAUGAUUACCUAUCAAGAAAUGCAGACGAGCUCAACAUUGUUCUUAUUGCGAUGCAAUUCGGCCUCCAGAGAUUGAUCAAAUGCACCAAGUACUGUCUGGUUUGCCAUCGAAGAGCAAAAGGAGGGUUUGAGGCCGUAAAACCUUUUGUUUGUGAGAAUGAGCUUUGUCUCUACCAGUAUUUUUCCCUUGGUUUCGGCCAGAGCAUCGAACACGAGAUUAUCAACAAUCCAUACGUGGUCGACCUUCUUGUGAGCUUCUUCUAUGCUGCUGUCACCCGUUCCCGUCUCCGCGAGUUCCCCAGAGGACUAGGUCUCAAGUGUCCCUCGUCAGCGUUUACAACGAGUGCUUCUACCCCGAUCAGAGCUGAUGCUUACUUCAAAGCUGGCAUGUUGAGGUUUGAAACCAAAGACCUUACUACAUGCAGAACUAUCAAAGCGGGCCAUUGGUUACUGCUUUUCGUUCCUGGAGUGAACACACCGGAUUCGCAUACACCAGCCAUAAGAACAUAUCGCGAGAAACAUAUCUGCUACAUCGAAUCGUGCAUCGACACCGACUUGACGUUCAAGGUCAUGCAUACAUUCACGAGUCUUGACAAUAUAGGACAGGAAGCCCCAGAGAAUUCCGUGAACCAGAUUACCCAACCUACCCCAGGCGGGGUAAAAGUGUUGGUUUUCAAGUAUGGGCAAGACAUCGACGAACUCGAAGAUGGGGCCCGUGACGAAGCGCUCAACUUCAUGACCAGUUGCAUUCCACCCGUGCAAACAAUGAGGCAAUACCUAACAGAGGUGCCCGGGCGCCGACUAUCUGGUUGGAGAGGAAUGGAUGGGUCAACACUCCGUCUGCUGAACUGGAUCGUUUCCUCGAAUAGAUCACAUAUUGUACAGGAUAGCCCAGUUCCUGGAUCUUCUACAACAGAGGAACAAACGCAGAAUGGAAACCUUGUCUGUGGCAUGAAACGCAACUGGAUGCAGUUUCGUUUUGCUCAGGGCUCUCCUGAAAAGGAACUCAUUUUUUUCAAUGAGCUGCAGAAAAUACCGAGAUCUCAAAACGGGAAAAACUACCCAACACUUUUCGCGUGGCAUGGAAGCCCUCUUUCCAACUGGCAUAGUAUCAUUCGAACCGGCCUUGACUUUUCGAACACGCUUCAUGGCCGUGCCUAUGGCAACGGCGUUUAUUUGGCAAGAGAUUUCGAGACUAGUCGCGGAUACUCCAACCGUGAUACGGGGAAAGGAUGGCCAAGCUCAGCACUGAAUGUCGCGAGUGCCAUCAGCUUGUGUGAGAUCGCCAAUAAUCCAGCUCAAUUUGUGUCGACAGAUCCCUUUUUCGUCGUCAACAGGAUCGAUUGGAUACAGUGCCGCUAUCUCUUUGUUCAAGUCCAAGCACGUCAACCAGAAUCCGCAGCCCCCCUGUCCUAUGAAGGACCAUUUCCUAAUAAGGUGCAGGAUUCGGAGUAUGUCGAACAAGACCCUGCUUAUCAAUUGACUUCCGGAUCGCAGCAACGAAUUCAUAUUCCUCUAAACGCCAUACCAAAGUCUCGUCGACGUGCAUUCAGGCAAGGCCAGCGGAAUGACACGGGCUCAUCCAUAGACCAUCCUAUCGUUCUCGAUGAUUCGGAUUCAAAUGGAAGCGCUAAUCUCGACGAUUCAACCUCAAUGGAAAACCCUGAAACCAGCGACGAUAUCGAUGUUCUACUAGCCUCGGAUGAUGAAGGUGAUGACCUGCAGUUCACGGGAACACGAAAAAGACGGCGGACGUCUAUAGACUCGGGUCUGGGCGAAACACAACGUGGACCUGACGAUGUAACACCAUUUAAACCAGGUCAACUUGACAUUGAUUCUCUACCUAAGCUCUCCGAGCCUACGUGGGCAUCAUCAUCACCAGCUGCUCUCCGCGCACUCAACGGCCAAAUCAAAGACCUACAAAAGACCCAGUCCAAAACCAACUUAGCCUCUCUGGGAUGGUACAUCGACUUUGACAAACUGGAUAACCUCUUCCAUUGGUUCGUUGAGCUUCACAGUUUCGACACGGAUUUGCCACUUGCCAAAGACAUGGCCAGCCAUGGAUGCUCGAGUAUCGUGCUUGAGCUUCGAUUUGGUGCUUCCUUUCCGAUCUCGCCCCCUUUCGUUCGUGUGGUCAGACCUCGCUUUUUGCCUUUUGCUCAAGGUGGUGGAGGUCACGUCACCAUUGGCGGCGCUAUAUGCUCAAAGUUGCUCACAAACUCAGGUUGGUCCCCAGCUCUUUCAUUGGAAAAGGUGUUCCUUGAAGUCAGAAUGAAUCUCUGCGAAAAGGAUCCCCCAGCUCGUCUCAGAAGAGCCAAUGGUUACAGUGGUAUUAGCAGUUCGAGGAACAUGGACUACAGCAUGUUCGAGGCUGUAGAUGCGUACCGACGGGCGGCUUCAUCUCAUGGAUGGCAGGUCCCAUCUGAUCUACAGAUGUUGCAAUCCAUGAGUAACGUCACGGAGGACUAA